AGAUGUCCUGGCUGACGCAAUGCAAACCCUGUCGCUGGUUUCUGUCUGCUGUGAGCCAGACAGGGUCCAAGAGGCUCUCGAACUGCAGCGAAGACUCGUUUCUAUAAAGCACAUCAUAGCACUGGACGAAACGGCGCAUAAUACGGUCGGCGCAACGAACACCGUAAUCACAUGGAAUGAGCUGCUCACGAAGGGCCACGAUGAAGGAGGCCCAAUGCCACCGCCUCCCGAGUAUCGAGAAAACCAGAUCUGCUACAUGGCACCUACAAGUGGCACGACUGGCAAACCGAAACUGGUUGUGCAUUGCCACGAGUCCUUGCUGGCUAUCAUUCAGUCAAGCAGCCACCCUGGGCACAUGCGUCUAGGUCCAGAAGACUUUUCCCUCUCCACAUCGUCGUUGGUCCACACAUAUGCGCUUCUUUGGGGUGCCUGCAAGCCUAUCGCCCAGGGAGCGUCGACCGUCUUUAUGGAGACCGCCGAUGACAGCGCUAUACUGGAGGCAAUUCACAAGCACAGGGUCACAGCGCUAAGCACAACACCUUACACUGUGAGGUGCCUGUUGGACAACAAACGGCGCCACGGUUAUGACCUCCAUAGUCUUCAAUACGUGACUACAUCGACUACGAAUAUUGAUGAAGAGGUUGCGAAGACUCUGGUCAAAGAAUUUAAUCUCAAGUCUUUUACACAAAAGUACGGCCAGACGGAGAUACCGUUCAUCUCAGUGGGUCUCUACAACUCGCCCACCAAUUACAAGUCCAUCGGUUGUUUGGCAGUCGGCGCAGAAGCAGUGGUGAGGGACACAGAAACGAAAAAGCCUCUGGGACCAUGGCAACGCGGAGAGCUCGUGGUACGAAGUCCAAACUUGAUGCGUGGAUACUGGGGGAGUCUGCACGAGCCUAUCACCGAUGAAGAAGGCUGGUACAGCACAGGGGACCUGUGCUACUACGACAAAGACGGCUGGCUGUACCUAGUUGCGCGGCUGAGCGACUACUUCUGCGUCCGUGGAAGCAAGUAUCGGCCGGUUGAAGUCGAGGCCGUGCUGCUCAAGUGUCCAGGGGUUCGUGACUGCGCCGUCGUAGGAAUACCACAUCCCGAAGCUGGAGAAGUGGCGCACGCUUUGGUUGUGCCCGAGCCAGAAGCAAGAUCGCUGAGCGCCGAUCACGUCACGCAGUUUCUGGAAGCUAACACACCGAAGGGUUGCCAGUUGGAAGGCGGUGUCACAUUUGUCGACAAGAUUCCACGCAGCAACAGAGGAAAGCUUGUGAGGCGUCAGCUCGUCCAGUGGAUUCUCGAGAAGCGAGAACAGGGAGGCAUCAACAGUCGGGAAGAUGAGGCGUAAGAGCUAACAGAUUUCGCAAACCACGCUAUCGUGCACGGCUCAAAGCACAUCUCGCACCGGGAGUGUGCAUUCGUAUCGUAAAAUUGUAAUAUUAUUGCUGCGAAAGCGUUAUAUGCCCCAUGAAUUGGAAAAUCCGGCGUCCGUUUUUAUAAUCCGAUGGUACCAAAACCCACGUGACGAAGUGACAACAUAACGUUCCCAGCGCUGGACCUGUUGUGGCUCGGACUGCAAACGUUCACGAUGAACAGCCAUGGCGUUGGACCUGGACCCCUAUUGAAAUUUGAUUAAGGGCGAUUAAAGUGAAUUAAGGUAAAAUAAAGUCGUAUAAUGUGGAUGAAUGUGACGUUUUAAUUUAAGGUGAUCACUUCGACAAGCCAUCAUGCUUUCGCAUUCAAAUCACGUAAGGAUACUUAAGUGACUGUCACUUAUU